GUUCCUUGGUUCAGGUACAGUUCCUUGGUUCAGGUACAGUUCCUUGGUUCAGGUACAGUUCCUUGGUUCAGGACGAGAACGAGAUGGCUGCCAAGAAGUCUCUCUCGGUCUUGAUCGAGCUCUAUCGCCGGAAAGUGUGGACGGACGCCCGCACCGUCAACGUUAUUGCGACGGCAUGCUUCCACCCGACCACGCGCAUCAUGCUGGGCGCACUCAAGUUCUUCCUGGGGGCGGACCGGCAGGGCGAGGGCGACGAGGGGAGCAGCGGAGAGGACGACGAGGAGGACGAGAAGAAGAGCCGGAGUAAGGAGAGCGCCGCUCUCGCACUCGACAGGAAGGCGGUUUACACGGCGUAUCACAAGGGCACGCCUGCCAGCAAGCGCAAGAAGCAGGCGAAGCUGAAGCGCGUGAUGAAGGGCAUGCGGAAGCAGCAGAGGGCUGUGAUGGGGGGAGGAGGGGAGGGUGCCGGGGCCGACGGCGAGGGGAACGCGCACUUUGCUGCGCUGCACCUCCUGCACGACCCGCAGGGUUUUGCAGAGAAGCUGUUCAGCCGCGUGUCCAAGUGCAACGAGAAGUUCGAGGUGAAGCUGCUGAUGCUGAACGUGGUGUCGCGGAUCAUAGGCACGCACCGGCUGCUCAUCCUCAACUUCUAUCCCUUCCUGCAACGCUACCUCAUGCCGCACCAGAGGGACGUCACCCAUCUCCUAGCCAUUGCCGUGCAAGCGUGCCAUGACCUGGUGCCCCCAGACGCAGUGGAAAGCAUGCUGCGGCAGAUAGUGAACAUGUUUGUGCACGACAGGGCACGGCCGGAGGUGAUCGCAGUGGGGCUCAACACAGUGCGCGAGGUGUGCACGCGCAUGCCGCUGGUGAUGGGGGAGGAGCUGCUGCACGACCUGGCUCUCUAUAAGAAGGCCAGAGAAAAGGCUGUGGCUGCUGCGGCUCGAUCCAUCAUCGCCUUGUUCAGAGAGGUGAAUCCAGCGCUGCUGCAGCGGAGAGACAGGGGCAGGCCCGGGGCGGCAGGGGAGGCGGUGCAGCCAAUGGCGUUUGGCCAAAUGGCAGUGUCUGACCAUGUGCCUGGCAUUGAGCUGCUUGGGAUUCCCGAGGAGGAAGGGGAUGGGGAGGAGGGGAGUGAGGAGGGGAGUGAGGGGGAGGAGAGUGAGGUGGAAGGGGAGGAGAGUGGUGAGGAGGUGAUGGAGGGAGAUGGGGAGGAAGAAGUGGAGGAGGAAGGGGAGAGUGAUGAGGAGGGGAGCUCUGGGAGUGAGGAGGUAAUGAGUGAAGGUGAGGAGAGCGAGGAGGAGAGUGGGGGUGAGGAAGAGGAGGAGGAGGAAGGGGAGGAGGAGGAGGAGGGUAGAGAAGGGAAGGUUAGUGGGGAGAGGAUGGGGGAAGGGAGUGUGAAAGUAGAGGGGGCGAGUCUAAGGCAGUUGAAACGAAUGGCAGCAGGAGGGGGGGGAACGGCAGGGGAAGGGAAGAGCGGAGAGGAGGGGGGGACGGCAGGGGAGGAGGGGGGAAAGGCAGAGGAGGAAGAUGGGUUUUUAUCAACGGAGGAUUUCAGGAAGAUCAGGAGGAUGCAGGCUAAGAGAGCAGCGGAGGCGACUCUGAGGCGCAAGGGGAUGAAAAAGGCUGCCAAUGCGCUCGCACACUCGCACACACACACGAACUCCCACUCGCUCAGUGAACGGAGGGUGGAUCCUUCUGACCUGGAGGUGCACAUCAAGGCCCGGAGGGACAAGGAGGAGCGGAUGGCAGCAGUGAUGGCAGGCCGGGAGGACCGAAGCUUCUUUGCCAAGUCCGCCCUCAAGCAGCAGAAGGUGGGCGGGUCGUCCAACAGGGAGAAGGAGAAGCGCAAGGCAGCACCGCUGGCAGCACAGCGGGCGAAGCUCAAGAGGCGGACGCAGGGCAAGCGGCGCAAGAAUGCGAAGCAGUUUCAGGGGAAGAAGGCGUGGAAGACAUAACAAGAUUUAGGGGAACAAGACGUGGUACGCAGUAUUUGGGCUUGUAUCUGGGGCUCAUCGUCGAAGGAAUGGGAAGCAGGUUUAGGGUAAGAAGGCCUGGGAGACGUGAAAUGUGGAUUCCACAAGAUACUUUGGCCAGAAUUCAUGUAAAUUUAUCAUCAUCAUUUGCUCCAAAUUGCUGUUUU